AUGCUGUUUUCACUUCGCAUCCUGAGUUCUGCUGCUCUUAUGGCAGUCGCAGCUUAUUGCAAGCAGCUCAUCCUCAAUUUUGAUGAUAUCGCCAUCUCAAACGACAAUGGGUGUGCUAAUUCAACCCUCGAUGCGUUUACUACCUAUCAUGAUAUACUUGUUUCAGAUGCUUUUGGCACAGCUAGGGUUCUCAAUGCCACUAAAACCCCAGCUUGCAAUUCUUUCAUAGACGAGAAAACAAGUUUAGCCUUGUUUGGUCGAGCAUCCUCGCCUUCCAACGUGUUAUUUAUCAGCGCAAUGCUUGACGCCCAGAUUUUCGCUGGUAUAGGUGUAUCGUUGAUAAACGAGGCAUCGUUUGAUAUAUGGCCCGUCUUUACAGACGCUGAGCGUAAUUCGAGCAAUGUAACUGUUAGAGUUUCUACUUUGUUUUCUGAUUUUGGCAAUGUCGACAUUAGCCAUGCGUUUGAUUUCCACACUGCAACCGAUGGAUGGGGUCCUUAUCACGUCAGCGCUACUUCAAAUGGCGUCGAGUAUCAAUUUCUUGAGGUUGACGUAGUGCUUCCGGAUGAGGACACUCAGCAGGGAGGAAAGCUUCCCGCCUUUUUCGUCGAUAGCCUUGUUUUGGAGAGUACAGAUUAA